GGAUGCAUUACAGCUGUAGCUGACGAAGGUGGAAAAUCUAAAAAUUCCACCUCUGCUAGUACUUUUCGCCAUUCUAUUGCGAAUCCUGGGAGUCGAUCUGAGCUCUGCGACGUCGAUACGGAGGACGAUCUCAACAACAUCUCAACUUCUGGUGCUGGCGACAAAAUGAAAACCCGCAAGUCUAUUCUCACAUCAGGACGAGGUGCAGCUGGACGAAAGGGCUCUACUGUCUUUGAUCCGAGCAGUAUUACGGCACCCACGCAUCCGCAUAUCCGAACAGUACGACGAGGGCCACGCAAGGUCGUUGUAGAGAUCGAGUUGGGUCCGGCACGCCGCACGUUCGAACUCGACAAUUACCGAUCACUUGCAAAGCAAGAUGAGCUGAAUUCUGCG